AGUUGGAGCCCCUCUGGAGAGACCGCACCUAUGACAUUUAGGUUUGUCUUGCUGAUGCUCCUGAGCUGUUUUUCACCAAUGACUCCAUCCAAGGAUUAAACUAUAUCACACAGGACAUGAACUUUCAGGUUACAAGCUUCUUCACAGCACUGACCACUGUACACCUGCCUUUCAAUAUUGGACAGUACAGACUGUGUGAAAGCAGUUUGAUAACUUAGUCCUUCAGCUGAAAGCAAGAUGAAGCUCCAGUUCACCUGCGAGAAGUUUCAAAUAGCCCUGCUGCCCUCAAUGUAUGGAGUUGAGUUCGUCCUGGCCCUGGCAGGAAACCUGUUUGCCCUGUGGCUGCUUGUGGUCAGAGAGAGAAGAAACUGGCACACAGGGGUUGUCCUGUCUUGUAACCUGGCCAUCAGUGACCUGCUGUAUGUCCUGACCCUGCCUUUGCUGAUUGUCUACUACUCACUGGAGAAACACUGGGUGUUUGGUGACGCCGUGUGCAAAAUUGAGAGGUUCCUUUUCACCUGCAACCUGUAUGUGAGCAUCUUCUUCAUCAUGGCGAUAAGCGUGAACCGAUGUGUGGCCCUCGCGUGUCCCUUCUUCACCCGAUCCUAUGUGAAGCCUGCCCACGCCAAGGCCGUCAGUGUCAUCAUCUGGAUCAUCGUAGGAGUCAUUUCCUGCCCUGUGUUGAAAUUUGCUUCAGUUUGCCCUGACAUGAACAAUACCAAGACUCUGUGUGUGUCGGUCUGUCGCACAACUCCUGAGGAUGAGAACACUCACUUAACUUACAAAGUGUUUCUUGCUGUGUUUGGGUGUCUUGUUCCUUUCCUGGUUACUUUGGUGGCUUACUGUGUGGUGAUUUCGGUGGUGUGGAAAAAUGUCAGUAUAACCCCACUGGAGAAAUGUAAGGUUGCCCUGUUGGUCUCAUCAGUGCUCGUGCUGUAUGCCAUUUCCUUUGUGCCUUACCACAUUUUCCAGAGCUAUGACUUCUAUCAGAGAAUCGCCGAUCGCAACAAUUCCUCUAACUGUACCGUCUACCGUAUGUACCAGAUUUCGAAGGGACUGGCAACUCUGAACAUGUGUAUCCAUCCAAUCCUUUACAUGGCUUUGUUUGACAGUAUAAGAGUAGCUUGUUGUGGGAAGAGCCCAGAGGACAACAACAGGGGCUCAAUGAGGAAGUAGAGCUGCUGCUUGUCAGCUUUUCUUUGAGGAUCAUCAUUAUUUCAUGCUGUAAAACUUUGGCUAAUUUCAACUCUCUAGUUUUUUUUUUCUUGUCGUGUCUUGACUUGUUUUGCUUUAUUUCUGAAAAUUAUUGUUCUACUAACUUUGAAACAUUAUCAUCUACAGUAUAAUAAAGAUAUUUUUCUGUAAA